UGCGGUUUUUGGAGGGCGAGAAAGGGUCAGAAGGGGACACGCAUCACCGCCUCUCCCAUAAGCAAUCUCUUGCUUCUAUCUUGCUUCUCCGUCCAGUAUUCCCUUGCUGUCCCUCACUGUAGCAUUAUCUGCAGCCCCUGUGACCGCUCCUCGGUCGGCUCAUUCACUUCUUACUUUCGUGUGCCUUCACUUCUGAUUUAUCGUUCGGCGCGACCGAACCUCCUGGACCGGGUUUGCACAGCAACACUUCGUCCACCGUCCGUCAUAAUCCGUCCGUCCAACGGCCCUGGUGUUCUAUUCUAGACCAUGGCGACCGUCACAGAAGCUGUAAAAGAGUCCCUGCUGGGCUCAACGGCUCCUGCAAGCCUGUCGACAGAAUCGCGCAUGACCUUCCUGAGACAUUCAAACAAAGGCGAAGACGGAGAUCUUUAUAUGAACGAGGAGGAUUUUAUCAAUGCUAUCGCGCCGCCAGAAGAAGACUAUCACAAAAUUAAACGGGAACAAUAUGGCAUCCUCUUUGGAGUCGCGGACCGUCACAAGCGCGGCAAGAUCACCAUGUCGGAAUGGGCCGCCUUUGAUAAUCUCCUCGCCAAGUCGGACGCAGAGUAUGAAAUCGCUUUCAGAUUAUUCGACGAAGACGGAACAGGCUCGAUCAAGUCCGACUCCUUCCAAAAGAUCUACGAACAGAACAGAGGCCAAGAAAGUAUCCCCUUCGACUUCAACUCAGAAUGGGCUUCGCUAUAUAUCGGCGGGAAAAAUAAGAGACAUGAGAUGACAUACCCCCAAUUUGCGCAGAUGAUGCGUGGUUUGCAGGGUGAGCGCAUCCGGCAAGCGUUCCAUUUGUACGAUAAGGACAAAGAUGGCUAUAUCGACCCCGAGGACUUCGAACGCAUCAUCCGAGCCACUGCAGGACAUAAGUUGUCUGACCAUCUAUUGGAGAACCUGCCGACUCUGUGCAAUAUCUCGUCGGGCACCAAGAUCUCAUACGCAAAUGUCCGUGCCUUCCAGAACGUCAUCCGUGAAAUGGACCUGCUCGAUCUGAUCAUUCGCAACGCGACAGCGAAAUCUCCGGAUGGCAGAAUCGACCGCACAGAUUUCCUCAACGAAGCUGCUCGCUUGACUCGCUUCUCUCUCUAUACCCCCAUGGAAGCCGAUAUCUUGUUUCAUUUUGCCAGUCUCGACUCCCCUACCGGGCGGUUGAGCCUCGAUGACUUUGCCAAGGUGUUGGAUGCCAGCUAUCAAACAGCAGGGGCUAAAUUGAAUGCGGUUGCCGAAGCUGCCGACCGCGCCGUGUCCAAGUCUCAACAGUUUCUUCGCAGCUUGCUCGAAUCUGCACACCAUUUCGGUCUUGGCUCCAUCGCCGGCGCGUUUGGUGCAUUCAUGGUCUAUCCCAUCGACCUGGUCAAGACACGCAUGCAAAAUCAGCGGAGCACCCGACCCGGUGAACGACUUUAUGAAAACUCCAUCGACUGUGCGCGCAAGGUUAUCCGGAAUGAAGGUGUUCGUGGGCUGUACUCGGGCGUACUACCUCAAUUGGUCGGGGUUGCUCCCGAAAAAGCUAUCAAGCUCACGGUGAACGAUAUCGUGCGAGGAAGAUUCACGGACAAACAGACCGGCAGGAUCCAGCUCUGGGCGGAGAUUCUUGCUGGUGGCUCCGCAGGGGCUUGUCAAGUGGUCUUUACCAACCCGCUCGAAAUCGUCAAAAUUCGCCUGCAGGUCCAAGGUGAACUGGCCAAGAAAUCGGAUGCGGUUCCCAAACGUAGUGCGAUGUGGAUCGUUCGAAAUCUCGGUAUCCUAGGCUUGUACAAGGGUGUGACGGCCUGCUUGUUGCGCGACGUUCCUUUUUCGGCCAUCUACUUCCCCACGUACAGUCACCUCAAGAAAGAUUUCUUCGGCGAAUCACCCACCAAGUCACUGGGCGUCUUGCAGCUUCUGACCGCCGGUGCCAUCGCAGGCAUGCCAGCCGCAUACCUCACGACCCCCUGCGACGUGAUCAAGACCCGACUGCAGGUGGAAGCCCGCAAGGGCGAGGCGACGUACAACGGUCUCGGAGACUGCGCGCGCAAGAUCCUCAAGGAAGAAGGCUUCAAGGCGUUUUUCAAGGGCGGCCCGGCACGUAUCCUGCGUUCGUCACCGCAGUUCGGCUUCACGCUGGCCGCGUACGAAGUGCUCUCGACGCUGCUCCCGUUCCCGGGCUCGGACGAGGCCGAGAAGGUCAAAGCCGGCGGCGGCGUCGCGGGCAUGGCCGGCAGAGUGGAACCGGGGGUUGGUCUUAGGGAGGCCAAGGCCCCGUUGCCGUACCUGCGCAGCCGCAACGCGUUGAAGAUCCUGCUGGACUUGGACGUUAACUUCGGCCGGGUCAAGCCCAGUAAAGAGGCGGGCAGCUUGAUGCAGCAACACGCCAUGGCGGCAGCGGCGGGCAAGGAGGCCGUGGAGAAAGGCGUUGGCUGGUUCGGGAGGAAAUUGUGAGCCCCAAGUGAGAAGCAGAGCACCCUCCCCUAACCUUCCUACUCCCUCUCGCUCCUCCCCAUCCCCCUUUCGGGAACUAUCCCUUUCUCUUGUUGAGAGGCGAAGCGCAGAAAAAGGUGGAUUGAACUGGCGCUAUUUUUCCCGUGCUUGCCCAUUCUCCUUUUCUCCCUUUAUUCACGCCCACCGCGGGCAUGGACAGCACGCACGCACACACGCAUCAGUUGGGAUAUGUCCACGAGGGAUGGAUGCCGUCGUUUUCCAAUGCAUGCAUGCAUGCAUAUCUUGGGAUGUGUGUUUUUUUGUCUCCUUCUUUUCCUAGUGGUUUUUUUCCCCAGCGCGGUUCGGCUGGCAGGGGAGGACGAGCAUAGCGCAGCAUAGCGCCACGGGCUGUUGUUGUUCCUGGGUGGCCGGCGGGGAAUAGAUUGUACCGCUAUGUACAACACAACGUGAUGCAUCAACACUCACUACCUACCUACAUACUCGGGGGUAGUUAGCUAGACAUUUAGAGCUCGAGCACAAAAUGAGAGAACAUGAACACAGAACACGAA